AUGUCUAGCAAUCCCAACCAAGGCAACAGCGCCGCUGGAGGCAACGAUUACCUUGACAAAGCCUUCAACACCGUCGCUAGUAAAUUCGGGGGUGAACAGGGUAAGAAGAUUGCAGCGAAUAAAGGGUUGAGUGAGAAAAUUACCGAUGGAAUGCGCAAAGCCUAUGAAAAAGCAACGGGGAAGAAGGUUGAUCCCAAGAUUUCGAAUUGA